GAACAGUGAGCAAAUGUCAGUUUAUUUCUUUAAUAAUAUUUAUAUUGUGAUUUAUAUGGCACUGAAACCGUUGAGGUCUUUUAUCUGAAUAUGUAAAAUGUGCCUCGCAGCAUUUCAACUUCACUGUUACGUAGAUCGCUCGUGUUUAUAGAAUUUUCACCUAAAUAAAAAUAAUGUCUUCAAUAUGUAGUAGAGACGGCCAUAAAUUUAUUCCAGUAGAAGUCGAAGAAACGAAUAUUUAUCCCGGGAUUUAUAAAAUACUAGAAGAAAUAAGACCUAAUUGGCGACCCGAUAAUAUUAAAUUUAAAAUUUUUACCGACGGAAUCACUAACAAAUUAGUAGCUUGUGAAAUAGAUAACAAUACAGAUGAAAGUGAAAACAUAGUUUUAGUGCGAAUUUACGGUAAUAAAACAGAUUUAUUGAUUGAUAGGACAGCAGAAGUACGGAAUAUAACAACACUUCACAAAUUGAAUUUAGCUCCUGAAAUAUAUGGAGUAUUCAAAAAUGGAUUAGCUUAUCAAUACUAUCCUGGAGUGACGUUGAACAUAGACUCUGUAAUUGAUGAGAAAAUAAGUGCUAUGGUGGCUAAACAAAUGGCAAAGAUGCACAAAGUUGAGUUGGAUAAAAAGAUUAAAAAAGAACCGAUGAUAUGGGAUAAAAUUGAGCAAUUUCUGGCCCUACUACCAGAACCUUUCUCAGACCCUGCGAAACAAACAAGAUUUGCAAAUAGUUUCGGAACAAUAACAAGACUAAGGAUAGAAUUUGAAAGACUAAAAUCGCACUUAAUAUCAACAGAGAGCCCAAUAGUGUUUGCUCACAAUGAUUUGCUUCUAGGAAACGUGAUCUACAAUGAAAAUAAUGGGACCGUGUCAUUUAUAGACUAUGAAUAUGCUGCCUAUAAUUAUCAAGCAUAUGAUAUUGCAAAUCAUUUCAACGAAUUUGUGGGUAUAUCCAUUGACGACAUUGACUAUUCAAGAUAUCCAAAUAAGGAGUUUCAAAUAUUUUGGAUACGAACAUAUUUGACAGAAUAUUUCGAGGAUCUAGAUCCUGAAACUUUAUCAUCUAAAACUGAAGAAGUUUAUACAGAGGUCCAACUGCUGUCUUUGGUGUCACAUUUUAUGUGGGGAAUUUGGUCCCUUGUCCAAUAUGAACAUUCCAGUAUCAAUUUUGACUUUGGCAGGUAUGCAGAAAUACGUCUGAAUAGAUAUAACGAGUUAAAAGACGCUAAGUUGAAAGCUUUUGUUUAAAAAAGUGCUGUGGUGUCGUUCCAAAAAGUACAAGCAAUUUUUAUGUAUCUCUUAUGUGUUUAAUUAUUAUUAUUAUGUUAUAAAUACUGUAAUAUUGUUUCAUAUGCCUAUUUAUUUAAUUAAUAAAACAGUAUACAUUGA